ACCACCGCGAAGCCAAGAAGCCUAAGCACUUGUUCGCAGUUCAUCCAUCCCAAGGGAUAGAGGCGCCUCAUUUUUAUGCACAACUACGUGUCAGAGCCUGGAGACUUAUACCCAGUUCAAGCCGCAAGAAGAGAGCCGCCGAUGACGACCGCGGCUCCCUUCAAUCGCAACGAGGCAACUCAACACACCAUUCAGAAGGUGAGCCCUUGAUCUGUUAGUGUGGUCGUGACGUGCCGCCGAAUUAGCUGAAACUCUCGCGGAGUCGUCGCGAGCCUUUCAAGUAGGGGCAGGGGGCGUUUAUUCGCGGGGCUGAGUCCCGUCUGCAGCGGGCUUACUAUUGAAUGCCACAUGGCCUUAGACAAUGGAAUGGAAUGACACAAAGCAAUCACAAUUCCACUGUAUAUACUUGCAUAAUAGAACAUAUAUACUUCCUCCUGGUCCCAUCAGAAUGCUGCAGCAUGGUAGUUCCUGUGUAUAUAAACUUACCAUGUCCAUGUUUUUCAAUGUGUGUGUAAAGUAUUUCCAACACACGGAUAAAAUCAUUAUCUUUUUGCAGCUAUUGGAUGAGAAUGCUCAUCUCAUACGGGUAAGCUUGGACAACCAUCCGUACCUAUACCUUUACACUUACACUCUUCAUAAUCCCAUCUAGAGUUGCAAAUAAAAGUAACUGACACUAGGUACCAAUACAGGUGUGUCUAGUGGAUCGGUCGUCACAGUGAGCUAUUUACUAUCAGAGGCCUUGUAUAUCUCAGUUCUCCCAUGGGCUUGUAGUGAGUAUGCCUUGUAACAUGCCUGCACUUUGAACUUCUGCAAAUAGGUUUGGAGUGAGUGGUUCUAUUGUAGCUAAGGAAGUGGUGACAAUACACAGUACACACAGCUACUCAUACCCUACCUGUUGCCCUCCCCCACUCGCUCUCUCUAUAGACUAUAGUCGAGAACAUGAACAUGAAGGGAAAGGCAAUGGAGUGCAUACAGUACCAGCAGUUGCUCCACAAGAAUCUUGUCUACCUGGCCUCCGUUGCCGAUCCUUAUCUCAACAUUCAUGCUAUCUUACCACCACCUAACAGCAGCAACCUGAUCCAGUCCCAGCGAGCUACCCAACAGACACAAUCACAGCAGCAGCAGCACCUCAACACGACCUCCUCCUCCAACACCCUCAUCCACGCCCACUCUGCCCCUCCUCCUCCGUCCACCUCGGCCCUCCCACAACACUCACCCCAGCAUCACCAAGUGGCCAUGAGCAGCGUGGGUGCCACCACCGCGCACCAGCACUGGAGCUCCACCACUGCACCAAUGCCCAACUCCAUGGCUCCGCCUCAGAUGAUGUUCACCAACUCCAUGAUGCCAGGAGGUGGGGUGACCCAAUACGGUGGUGUGUCCGGUGGCUCUUGGGAGAGUGGUGGAUCUUACGGUAUGCCUCAAAGAAUGCCGGGAGGUGGAGGGAUCAACCCGAUGAUGCUGGAAGAGCAGAGGCGACAGGUACUUCGCAUGCGACAGAAGCAGUUCAUCCAGAUGCACCAGGCACGUCGGAUGCAACAGCAGCAUCAGCAGCAGCAGCAUCAGCAGAGCAUGGCGGGACAGGCUCCGCCCGGGAUGGGUAUGUACGGCCCUCCUCCGUCAGUGGUGUCCCACAUGGUUCCAAACACCGGGGUAAUGCCGCCGGGGAUGCCCCCGAGUUACGGACAGCUAACGAACAUGGGAGGUGGCGGUGGGAUGCCACCUCCCCACACCCUAUCCCAGGGAAUGCCCGGUGGACCAGGGCCCAUGGGAAUGUAACUGUAUAUACCUGCCCUCUUGUGCCAUUGCCUCCGUCUCUGUGGCUCCUUUCCUGGUUUCUCAAAUAUUAUUGUUUGCACUCGUCCAGCCGUCUUUUGUCCUGUUGCUGUACUGCACUAAGGGUGUGUAUAAUGUAUAUUUAUCAUCUCACACUCUUUCCACACAUCUGUACCACCAGCUAUGCACUGUGUGUUAAAUCACCUCUACACAGAUACAUGAAUAUGAUUCUUGCAUUUUG